UCGCAAGAGAGGAUUGUGGGAUCCAUAAAGCAGUAUCGAACCCUAUAAAAGUCUCCUUAGUUACAGAGAUAGAGCUAUCGAACAUUACGUUUCCGUUUCUUAUAAAUGUGAAAUGGAUUCAUUGAAGACAACAGUGAAUGGAUUUGUACGAGGUCUCAGCGACAGCAUAAAAGGCUUUGUGCUCAUCUUCCACUAUGAUGCUGAGGUCCCAGAGAAGCCCCGCAGCUCACCUACACAGGAAACCAACCUGGCCAAGCGACGCGCAGCACAGCAGGCAGAGAAGAAGCAGAGACAAGCAUCACAAAAGGAUGAGACCAAGGUGACUCAUCGCAUCGUGCAGUGUUGUGUCCUCAAUGGCGUCGUGUUUGGCCUGAGCCUUGUCAUCUUCAACUACCUCCUCUUGCCGAUGCUAAAGCAGGUGCUGAGCUUGUUUCUGGCAGAGGGGGCGGGGGCGGUGUGGCACUACGCUCGGCCCACGCUCACCGCCGUUUUCGACAUGCUGUGGGUCCUGCCCCUUUUUGUUCUCUCUAGGAUCAUCAACACUAUUUGGUUCCAGGAUAUCGCAGACAGUGCAUACCGUCAACGCCAGGGCAGACCACAGCUCAUCAGCAGCUUGAGCAAGCUGGUAGCUGAUGUUCUUAUCUCCAUCUUUAUUCAGCUCCUUUUCUUGGUGCAGGCCAACUUGCUGAUGCUGCUCCCGAUCAUGGGUAUCAAUGUGGUGGUAGGAGGUGUGCACAUGUGUCUGCUCAACGCUCUCUAUGCCUUCGAGUACAGGUGGUUCAACAUGGGCUGGGAGCUCUACAAGAGACUAAGCUUCGUGGAGGAGAACUGGCCGUAUUUCAUGGGUUUUGGCCUCCCGUUGGCAUUCAUCACCAUGUACCCUUCGUCUGUGUAUGUGAGUGGAUGCUUGUUUGCUCUGCUCUUCCCUGUGUUUAUCAUCAGCGCCAAUGAAGCAGAUCCUGUACUGUACCCCAAGGGUUACCCUCUACAGCUGUUCUCGGGAGUGGUGGGCCUCUCGAACCGCAUCAUCCAGAGUCUAGUCACAAAGCGGCAGGCCCUCCCCAACCCUCCAGCCCCCUCUAGACGCUGAUCUCCGAGGGUUCUUCUCAAAACCAAAAGUUACCUUUCCCUGACCUUUUUCCCCCCAAUGGAGGGUGAAGACGAGUCGACACUGAAACGAAAUAUAAAGGAAAAAAUGAAUAUUAGAAAGAAGAGAAACUAUUUGUAAGGAGAUAACAAUGUGAUAAGGUCUUCUUAUUCUUAUUCUUUUUACUAUUAUUUGUGUGUGUGCUCCUUGUCUUCUGUUUGUGCGUGACUGUACGUCGGUUCUGUUAUCGUCAAGGUUUGUCCUGAGUAAUGAGGAGGGAAAAUGAUUGUGUCUUGGAAUGUGAUAAAAUAAGGAAUCGAAGACAAGAGACACAGAAAAAAUGCAGAAAAAAAGAAAAUGCUACAUUAAUUUUGAUUCCAAGACAGGCAAACAUGUCCCUUGUAUGUUGUAAGUAUGGGAUAUAGGGAAUGUGUAGAAUUGUUGGGGCUGGUAAUGAAAAAAGUCCUAAAAAUAAGAACCAACGUGUGAGCAGAAGUGUGUGUAGUUUGAUAUAACUUGUAUAUCUGAAGUGAAUUCUCAAAGAUUGAAAAAAUAAUAAUAAUAAUUGGAGAUUCUGGGACAAUUUGAAAAGACAACUUCUACAGAGGAAGAUUGUUUACCACUGCAAUAGAUAUUAGUCAUUAUGUUAUUAUAAUCAUUCUAGAUAUUAUGCUUUUUCUACCAAGAUCCUUAUUUCAUAUUUAUUUAUUCUUUCUUUUUUGUUGUUUGUUCACACAGAUGUAUUGAAGAUGCAAGGGAAUUACAAUAGAUGAUAAUCGCACUGUAGGAUGGUUUUAUUGUCUAGGAAAGAAGUCCCAGUUAUGUAUAUUUUCUAGAGGAGAUGAAGACAGAUGCUGAUGAUAAAUUAUUAUUACAUUUUAAAAGAUAAUUUUUUUUUUCUAGUUUAUUAUUUUUUUAGUCCAAUAUAGAGCGAGCUUGAUGUACAAACAGUUCUCAAUAUAUAUAUAAGUAUACAUAUAUAUAUUACUGUGCAAUGUUAACUCUUUGAGGAUACCAAUUCUGGGUCCUUGUCAUUUGUUGAAUGCCCAAGUACAUUGUCAUUUUUUUAUAUAUAUUAAAUAUAAAAAGUUUC